AUGCCCUGCCCGUGUAUAGACACCCGCCUACCCACCGGCAACAUCACAUCCCUCUUCCCUCUCCCACCCGAAAUCCAACUCAUUAUCUAUCCCCAUCUCUUUGACAACCUGUGCUCCUCGCAUCGCGCUCGCUACUCUAUACUGUUCCCGCCAAAGGAUUACAAGAAACUGAUCACCCCAGCAUACCGAAACGUGACUUUAACCGACGAGAACUGGAAGAAAUUCUUCCGCGGAAUCGAACGUCCUGGGCCAGAUACCCCCAAGGGAGAGGCUGCCCCCUUCUCUUUCGAGGAGACCAACAAGACCAAAAACAACCUGAAGCCCAGUUCCCUGCCGAUGAAAAUAGAUCUCAUCUAUGACUGUCAGUCCCUGCGAAUUGAUCAUCCCAGUGUCUUGGUCGGUCUCUUGCAGCUGCGUUCCGCCUGGGGUCAUCUAUGGGGCUGGGCCCAUCCCAGACACGGAAGGACUUUCAACCAGAAGCCUCCUCCCAUGUCUGGUAGUCAUCGCCCUUGCAUUUUUGAGUGGCUGAGGGACAUCGAGUUCACCAGCAACUUCUGCCGCGAAUUCCUCAAGAACUCAAAAGGGUGGUGCGACGAGUAUAUGACUAUAAGCAGAUUUUGGGGUGGUCUUCCUGAACAUCCUGAAGAUUUCCUGUUUACAAACCCAGAUCUGACGUUGGUAUGCCUUCAGAUUCCUGAGAGCGAGGAGUUUGCCGGUGUUCGAAUGCCCUCAUUUGUCGAGCUUGGACCGCUCUGCAACCUCGUCGAUAAACUCAUCUGGGGUCCGAUCCUCACAAUCCACAUCCCUGAUUCUCUGGUCUAUUAUCCAUGGUUCAACGACGAGGAUUACCCGAGCAAUCUCACCUACAUGCUACCCCCGCGGCCUUCGGGUGCAUUCGAAGAGGAGGACGACGGCGACACGGCACGAUAUGAAGCCGAGAUUGUCGCGUGGUGUCAGAAUACCUAUCUCAGGUGGGGGCCGGAAGACAGAUCUGAAAAACUUCCUGAAAAAAUCAUCCUCGGCAAUCUAGGCAGCCGCAUCUCGCCUACCGGCCAGAUCACUUCUGUUUCGGACGAGGCUUUCGAAAAGAUGACAAUGUCAAUGACGGCUUGCCUCAACAAGAUACCCAUGUCGGAAGAUGACCGAGUCUGCUUCUCGUUUUUGAAGGGAAAGCCCGUCUACAAUUACUGUCAACAUUAG